GGUAAGAAAACAUAGUUGUAGUAAAACAAAAUAAUUUGCCCAUGUUAAAUGUCUUAAGUCGUAUUUUGUUAUAUUAUUUUUUCCAGGUCUUGAAGUUACAAUGGGAGGAGACACAUCUCUUAAUAAUUCAAAUUUAACACGUUUUAUGACUAUUCUGACCAUGGAAUCGUUGGACAUACCACCAUCUAGUGCUUUUUCUAUAUUCAUUUUGGGCAUCAUCACAUUCUGUUUAAUUUUGUUCUUCCAGUCCAUGCUACUUGUGACUAUUGCUGUAAAAAGGGAUCUCCAUAAGCCUAUGUACAUACUGCUGUUUAAUUUGUCCAUAUGUGACCUUAUGGGAGCUACGGCUUUUUACCCUCAGCUGGUUUGCAGUAUAUUGUCUCAGAGUAGAGAAAUCUCCUACCCUGCCUGUGCCUUGCAAGGCAUCCUAAUUCACCUCUAUGGUGGUGGAUCACUUUUAUUUCUUUCCGUUAUGGCUUAUGACCGAUACAUUGCCAUUUGCAAGCCUUUGAGAUACCACAAUCUGAUGACACAAGGUACUGUGGUGAAACUUAUUUUUAUGGUCUGGUCCAUAGAUUUUGCUAUGAUCGGGUCUUUAUUUAUACUCACAAUGAGCAAAGAAAUCUGCAGGACAAAUAUAGUGGACACAUACUGCAAUAAUCCCCCUUUAAUGAAGCUAAGCUGUGAGGAUAUGAGAGCGAUUAACUAUUACGGCUUGUUUACUAUAGCUCUUGUACAAGGCUCUUCCAUACUGAUAGUAUCAUUAACAUAUAUCAAAAUACUAUUUACCUGUCUUUCUACAAAACAGGCAAAAUCUAUAAGUAAGGCAAUGCAAACUUGUGGGACACAUUUAGUUGUUUUUCUGAGUUUUGAGAUUAAUACAUUCUUACUACUGAUUUCUCACAGGUUAGAAGCAGUAUCUCCACACUUAAGAAGGGCCUUUGGUGUUUCAAUUGUUAUCUUUCCUCCAAUUCUUAACCCUCUAAUUUACGGGUUGAAAACAAGGGAAAUUCGUCAAACGAUAUUUAAGUUAUUACAAAGAAAAACUUCUUUUAUCUAA